CUGACAGAAAGCAGGCAUGUGUUUUAUUUCCAGUUAAAUGUCAUACUUACUCUUCUACUGUUCCAUUUGACAGCACUAUAACCAGGGAAAUUGGUUCAUAUAAACUUUGGAGUGACAGGACAAAAUUUGCCAUCUGUGCUUGACCUUAUUAGGACGGCUGCUCAUAUCCAGCACAAAAGUAGGGUCAAUGUCUUCAUUCAUUUUUCUCCAUAACUGGGCAGUGAUGUGGAGAGAAAAGCAACCAGAGAUCUUCUCAUACAGGUGGGCUCUGCAGCUCAGCCAGACUUUGCUUCCCAGUCAUGUUGUUUAUCUACUGGUUUAGGGAGGAGAACUCUACAGAAGAGUAAAACCAAGGACCAACUUCUGCAAACACAGCCAUGAAUUUGGCUAUUUCUUUCUGUCCAAGACAUGCGGCUCUUGGGCUGUCACAGACAGGGCCUCCCUCUGGAGUGUAACAGUGCUGACAUUUCCCUCCGAAGCACAGACCAGAACUCCAAGGCUGCGAGUGACAUCCUUGGGCACCUUUUCACACAUCCUUCUCCUUCUUUGUCUCCUCCAGGAAACAGAAUGGCAGCACAAGUGGGUCACAUCGCUGUGAUGACCUGCCCUAACAAAACAGAUGCAACUAUGGUGACGUGGAAAAUAAGCCCCAAGAUAGGAGGCCCCUGCACCUUGGGAUACAGGGCUGAUCAGAAAAAGGUGGACAGAACAAACUGCAGUGACAGCAUGAACUGUGAAUUCAGAUCAAACCAGUCUUACGCCCUUGAGAUACAGCAAGUGGGAAUGGCUGAUGAAGGAAAUUACAGCUGUGAAGUGGUAACUCAGGAAGGGAAUUUCCACCAGAUGUACCAGCUGACCGUGCUAGUCCCCCCAAGGCUGUCCCUGUACUGCGACGACCACAGGAACCCCGUGUGCGAGGCAGCGGCGGGGAGGCCGGCUGCUGAGAUCUCAUGGGUCCCUGAGAACAACUCCAUGACCAAAGCAGACAGCCACAAUAAUGGGACAGUGACCGUGCUCAGCAGGUUCACAGCACACAGCACCGACGGGAAGACUGUAACCUGCAUGGUGUACCACACAACUCUGAAUGAGACCAAGUCCAUAGCCUGCUCCUCACCACAGAGCAACCUUAUCCUGUAUAUAUCCAUCGCUCUUGGUUUCCUGAUCAUUAUCACCUUCAUGGCUGUCAUUUACUAUUUUAAGCUCCACGGUUGCAGACUCUGUCACAAAACUGAACCUCCUGAUACUUCUCUUACACAUUCCUUACAGGAUGACACAACGGAGGUGGAACCUUAUACUACUUACGUGCAGAAGGAAAACACAAUUUACAACUCAGUGUCAGAUCUGACAGUGGGGCAGAAUCUUCCAUAAGGACUGUCAACAGCAAAAUGCGUGAUUCAACAACACUGGAAAAGGGGAGAGACACUUUACAAAAGACUGGUCAUAGAAAGAAACUUCUGAGAGGAUUUCUUCAGAUUCAGGGGCAACAUAGCUCACUAGGUCUCUUCAAAGACCUAUGCUUAUUUAUGAGUCUGCACAGCUCUUUCUUCCCAUUUUGCCUUUUUCCUUGGGAAAGCAAACAGGUUUCCUGUUUUUCCUUGGGGAAGUUUGACUGACAUCAAGCUAUAGUUUUUCCCAGAAAAAAAAAUGUUGUCAUCAGUCUUCCCUUUGCUAUUCUUCAAUUGGAGAUACUAGUUUUGUCAGUCACAUGUAGGCAUUACUUUGACACAUUUGACACUAUCUUGCAUACACUUGGGAGAUGGGAAGAGUGUUUAAGCUAAAAUGAAACACUCUCCAGGCAACAGACACUUUUUUCUAAUUUACAAAUGACUCACAUAAGGUUUUUGAGUAUGGAUAAUCACAGAUUUUAACAGAUUUUUUGCCAGUUUUAACUGGCAAGAAGUAUCAGUAGGGAAGACCUUUCAUCUCCCAGUUCAGAAAAUUGAAAUGAGUGAUGAAUUUACAAGUUCAUCCACUAAAAAAGAGACAUCACUAGCAUGUUGAAUUCACUUGUUAGGUUUCUAUUCAGUAUUUCCACUAAACAUGUUCAUUAGGUAGGUCAGAUUAUUGUUAUGAUUACUUUUCCCUAAGAUUCUCUGAAGGCAGAGUAUUCCUCUCUUUCUUAAGAGUAUUGGCAUUAAGAUACAGUAAAAGAAUCAUGUUACUCAAAUCUGGUAAGCUAUUUUUAACAGAAACUAACAGCAAAUAUUUCACAAUGAAACAAGUUCAAAUGUAUCAACUACAACUGUGCAAUAAUGUACAAAAAGGAUAACAUUCCUGCUAACUGUUGUCAUAUUUAUUUUUACUACCACGACUGAAGAUAUUUUCAUUCAUAUGUCUAGAUCUUUUAUUGAUAUUUUUAAAUGUACUUGCAAGCUCACUUUGUUGUAUGUAAAUUAGCUUGUAUAUCUUAAUGUGUCUCAUGUUAAGGUGACUUCUCACCUUCCCAAAAUAUUCCUUGGGAAUAAGUCAAAUAAAUUGUUCUCUAUAUACUAGUGUUUCUCAAACUUUUUGGAUUGAUGCCUUACUACCUAAAUUAUGAACUGGCUUUACAGUAAUAAUAAAGAGAUCCAUCUGUAAACUUCUG